GGUGAGAGAGAGAGAGAGAGAAACACUCAUCGUUGCACUUCGCGAGCUGCCGCCAUGAACGCGAGAAGCCUCACUCCAGUGCUCCUCUUCCUCUCCAUUUCUUCUCUCCUUCCCUCCUCCUCUCAAAACCCUAACCCUAAGAAUUACCCACGAAGCUCCCGCCGAUUCGCCGAAGCCCUCAUCAGGGACCUCAACUUGAUCCCAGGAAUCCAAGAAAUCGAUGGCCAAAUCCCAGAAAAUGACCAACGGAACCCUCGUCUCGUCGAGAAGAAGCUAAAUCUUGACAUAUUGGGAGACAUCGGAUCUGGGAUUUCGAUCCAGGAGCUAGGGCAUCAUGCUGGAUAUUAUAGCCUCAAUCACACCCAUGCGGCCAGGAUGUUCUACUUCUUUUUUGAAUCACGGGGAAGUAGUAGUGAUCCUCUUGUGCUUUGGUUGACUGGAGGUCCAGGAUGCAGUAGUGAAUUGGCCCUUUUCUAUGAAAAUGGCCCUUUUACUAUUGCAGAUAACUUGUCUCUUGUUUGGAAUGAUUAUGGGUGGGAUAAGGCAUCGAAUAUUAUAUAUGUGGACCAACCGACGGGAACUGGCUUUAGCUAUAGCAAGGACCUUCGUGACCUUCGUUUUAAUGAAAAAGGUGUUAGCAAUGAUCUAUAUGAUUUUUUGCAGGCCUUCUUUGAAGCCCACCCCAAGUUUUUGAAGAAUGAGUUCUAUAUCACUGGAGAAUCAUAUGCAGGACAUUAUAUUCCUGCUGUGGCUGAAAGGGUUCAUAGAGGAAACAAAGGAAAGGAAGGCCUUAAAAUAAACUUAAAGGGUUUUGCUAUUGGUAAUGGGCUCACUAAUCCAUCCAUUCAAUAUGGGGCAUAUGCUGACUUUGCAUACAGUAUGGGUCUAAUUGGAGAAGCUGCCCACGACAAGAUCUCCAAGAUAUACCCUAUUUGUGAACUUGGAAUAAAACUUUGUGGUUCUUCUGGGGUUAUAACAUGUGCCGCUUCCUAUGUUUUGUGCAACUCUAUUUUCACAUCAAUUUUGUUGCUUGCUGGAAAUAUAAAUUAUUAUGAUAUUCGAAAGAAAUGUGAAGGAGAACUUUGCUAUGAUUUUUCAAAUAUGGACAAAUUCCUUAACCAGAAGGAUGUAAGGGCUGCCCUUGGUGUUAGUGACCGGAAAUUUGUAUCCUGCAGUCCACUUGUAUAUGAGGUCAUGAUAACUGAUUGGAUGAAAAACUUGGAGGUGGGUAUCCCUGCACUUAUUGAAGAUGGGAUUAAAUUGCUCAUAUAUGCUGGUGAAUACGAUCUUAUAUGCAACUGGUUGGGAAAUUUUAGAUGGGUAGACUCCAUGGAGUGGUCAGGGCAUCAGGUGUACUCUGAAACUCCAAUGCUACCAUUUAUUGUUGAUGGUGAGGAAGCGGGCCAGUUGAAAACAUAUGGACCUCUAAGUUUUCUUAAGGUGUACAAUGCCGGUCACAUGGUUCCUAUGGACCAACCCAAGGUUGCAUUGGACAUGCUGAAGAGGUGGACGAAAGGGAGCCUCAGUGAAGAGGACAACGUCGGUCUGGUUUCAGUGAUAUAGAAGAGCAUAUAGUGCUUGUUUUUUAGUACUUGUGUAUGUCUGUGUUCUUCAUGACAUCUAGCAUCUAUACUGUGGAAAUCAGGUCUUUUUAACUCAACUGAAUUUCACAGUUUGGCUACUUGUUAUUCUUAUGAGCAUACGUGUUUCCAAGUUGAAGAAUUUUAUGGCAUUGGCUUAUCCGCCCUAAUGCAUAUAUAUAGCGCAUAUGGUACGUCUGAA